AUGGCAAAGUUUCUGCGCUAUCGGAAGAACGACGUCAGUCGAAAUCUUGCGUUCAUGAGAACCCAUCGCCAGAUCCCAUUCGUCGUCGAGAAUUUCGACGAGUCAACGAUUCUUGUGCUGCGGAAUCGAGUCAAUCCCCCUUCAAUCACAAACCUGAUCUAUGAUCAGGUCUCCGGGUCAAUGUGA